GCCGUGCCCAUCCAGACCAGUGUGGUGUUGUGCUCCUGUCCACCCCCACCCAUGGUGAGAAGCCAGACUGACAGCAGCGCCACUGGCGUUUCCAGCAGCAGCAGCAGGACGGGGCCCAGCAUGGAUGGCACCACGGCCGAGGCCCGUCCCAGCCCCCUCCACACCCUCCAGCAUGCAGCCCAGGCACCACCCCAGCCUCGAAAGAAGCGCCCAGAAGACUUCAAGUUUGGAAGGAUUCUUGGGGAAGGCUCUUUCUCCACAGUGGUCCUGGCCCGAGAACUGGCAACCUCCAAAGAAUAUGCAAUUAAGAUUCUGGAGAAGCGGCACAUCAUCAGGGAGAACAAAGUUCCCUAUGUGACCCGUGAGCGGGAUGUGAUCUCGUGCCUGGACCACCCUUUCUUCGUGAAGCUUUUCUUCACCUUUCAGGAUGACGAGAAGCUCUAUUUUGGUCUGAGCUAUGCCAAAAAUGGAGAACUGCUCAAGUACAUCCGCAAAAUUGGGUCAUUCGACGAGACCUGUACCCGAUUCUACACAGCUGAGAUCGUAUCUGCGCUGGAGUACCUGCACCACAAAGGCAUCAUCCAUAGGGACCUUAAACCGGAGAACAUUCUAUUAAACGAAGACAUGCACAUCCAGAUCACGGACUUUGGGACAGCUAAGGUGCUCUCCCCUGAGAGCAAGCAAGCCAGGGCCAACUCGUUUGUGGGGACAGCGCAAUAUGUCUCUCCUGAGCUGCUCACGGAGAAGUCAGCCUGUAAGAGUUCAGAUCUUUGGGCUCUCGGCUGCAUAAUCUACCAGCUUGUGGCAGGCCUCCCACCCUUCAGAGCUGGGAACGAGUAUCUCAUAUUCCAGAAGAUCAUUAAGCUGGAAUAUGACUUUCCAGAAAAAUUCUUCCCCAAGGCACGAGAUCUUGUGGAAAAGCUCUUGGUCUUAGAUGCCACGAAGCGGCUGGGCUGUGAAGAGAUGGCUGGGUACGGACCCCUGAAGGCCCAUGCCUUCUUUGAGUCCAUCUCGUGGGAAGACUUACACCAGCAGACGCCUCCCAAGCUGACCGCAUACCUGCCAGCCAUGUCGGAAGAUGAUGAGGACUGCUAUGGGAAUUAUGACAACCUCCUGAGCCAGUUCGGCUGCAUGCAGCUGUCAUCGUCGUCAUCAUCCCACUCGUUGUCAGCGGCAGAGCCGCCCCACUCAGGCAGUAGCAUUGAGCAUUACAUCCACGACCUGGACUCCAACUCUUUUGAGCUGGACUUACAGUUCUCCCAAGAUGAGAAGAGGCUGCUGCUGGAGAAGCAGGCGGGUGGGAACCCUUGGCAUCAGUUUGUAGAGAAUAACUUAAUCCUGAAAAUGGGUCCCGUCGACAAGCGGAAGGGCUUGUUUGCACGCCGACGACAGUUACUGCUCACAGAAGGCCCGCAUUUGUACUAUGUGGACCCCGUCAACAAAGUUCUCAAAGGGGAGAUCCCGUGGUCCCAGGAGCUGCGACCAGAAGCCAAGAAUUUUAAAACCUUCUUUGUUCACACACCCAAUAGGACAUACUACCUGAUGGACCCCAGCGGCAAUGCCCACAAGUGGUGCAAGAAGAUCCAAGAGGUGUGGAGGCACAGGUACCAGAGCCAGCCAGAUGCCGCGGUCCAGUGA